CAGUUUUCCUUCUCUCUUCGUGUCCCGGCGAUUCUCCCUCGUUCCUUGAGUUCCUUCUCUCUUUCCUGUCCGCAGCGCGGUCGUGAGCACACAUCGCACAUAGGAUAUAUCACACACUCGGAAACAAUAACCGCGCGACAAUGAUGCGCCUACCGCAGCGUAUUAGUCGUGAAUCCCAACCGUUCGCCGAUACGGAGACCUGAGGAUCGUCGACGGGAGAAUCGAAGAUUUUGGAUUAACCUGUCAUGCGGCAACUCGCGUGCGCAGCCUCCGUCAGCGCAGCAGCAAUGGCGGCCUGAGUAAGUAGAGAGCUGCUGGCUGGCAGUACCGAGAGAGCAGCACUGCUGGCAGCAGCUGAGAGGCUCGACUUCCCUGCGGACGCUGCGCUUCGCUUCUUUCCAAUCUCCAGGGUCGCCCGCGCCGCAACGAGGAAACGGCGUAGUCUGAAUGGACAGCCAAGAGAGUCCUUUGGAAGGUGGAGGUAUUUCAAUGAUAUCUGACUUGCCUGAUACUCCUGACAAUUCCGAGGUCCCAGAGUCAACGGGCCUCAGUCCACUGACCCUAUCGCUGGAUCACAACCUCACGCUUCAAGAGGACAAUCUUUCUUCCAACGACAGCAGGAUGGGCAUUGAAAAUACAUGGACUGAAGCAAAUACUUCUGCCUCAGAUUAUGCCAUCCCACUGCAACCUCCAUUUUCAGACCUAGUGACAGAUCCAUUACAUGAUCCCAGAAAUGGGAUUGAACAUGGGCCUUUUCUUCCUGCAAGUGCAACUGAACUGAAUAAUCUAUUUUCUGAUACUGGUGAUACUCCUGAUGAUUCAAUAAUAGUUACUGCACCAGCUGGUGUUUGUGGUCUUCGCAACUUGGGUAACACCUGCUUCAUGGCUGCUGGGCUACAAUGUCUGACUGCCACACCACCUGUGCUACGUCACUUUCUCGAGCUGCAGCAGCGCGGCGAAAAACUGCCUCCGCCCGGCUCACUGAUGGCAAACUUCAGUACUCUACUGAGUAAAAUGUGGUCCGGAAAAUACAACGUACUUCAACCGACCGAAUUCAAACAGACUCUCGGCGUGUAUCACUCGCAGUUCAAAGACUAUCGACAGCACGAUUGUCAGGAAUUUUUGGCUCUACUGCUAGACUCGCUGCAUGAACAGAUGAACAUAGCAAAGACGAACAAGGGUUGUCACAUACCCACCGCGACUGCAACCACUGCCAGUGCUGUGAAUUCCAAUCAAAAUGGAGAUUCUUGCUUAGGCGCUACAUUUACUGCCACUAGUGAUUCCGAUCUUAUGGAUGCUCUUAUAAUGGAUAAUCCAGCGACGCCCGAUGGUCCUAAUAGUCCUAAUGUAACCAUGGCUGGCUCUCCCCGAGAUUCUUCAAUGGACGAUCUAGAUAGCACAGCUAAUUCUCCUCAUAGCUCGCCGCUGAACGAUGACGAGGAGACGCUCGACUCGGAUGAGAUAGCCGACCCCAAGUCCAGCUUCAUUCACAACGACAUGCAAGAGUUGCUGAACUGUGAGAUGCAUCUUGACAAGUUCAACGACAUAGCCAAGGAUGCCAAAACAAGCAACGCCAACUUCCUCGUUACUCCUCAGGAGUGCAAUAAUGAGAUUCACUAUGACUCGCAAAAGUUUCCCAAAGAGAACAGCCGGCGUAUCAUACUCGAAAAUGCGAAUCUCACGGAGAACCACGAUUUCGACAACAAGAGCGUGAGCAUCAAGCGGAUCAAAGAGGUCAACUGCCAACGUAGCAAUUGCAGCCCAGAAUGCGGCGUGUCGAGCGGUUCCGAAACGGAGUACGACAGCGGCUUGGAGAAGUGUAACGUAAAGCGGAUGCGACUCGAGGAUCAGGAGAAGAAUCAUAGAAAAGACGGACUAGGCGCGAGUAGUCUGCAGUGCUCAAGGACACUGCAGUGCCACGAGAACGGAGCAGUCGCGUCGCAGGACGAGGUCGAGGCCGAUAAGCAUUGGGCCAAGCAUUUACGAGCCAAUCGUAGCGUUAUCGUCGAUACCUUCCAAGGACAAUUUAAGAGCACGGUUGUGUGCGCGGUUUGUAAGCACGUCUCGGUGACUUAUGAGCCAUUCAUGUAUCUCUCCGUGCCUCUGCCUCACGCAAUGGAGAGGCAAUUAACCAUAACCUACAUUCCUAGCAACGGCGAGCCACCGGUCAGAUGUGUCGUCUCCCUCAACAAGCAAUCGCGGGUCAGCAAACUCAAAGAGGAAUUGCUCAAGAUCCUCGACAAGGAGGACGUUUCGACGUCCAGCAUCGCUUUGGCUGAAGUCUUUGAGAAUCACAUAGCGAAAAUACUGGAGGACAAUCAGUUGCUGCGGUGCGUCAACGACAUAAAUCGCUCGAUCUACGCAUUUGAAUUAACAGAUCCGCCGGAGUCGUGGGUCGAGAAUGAUACACCACCGGCGAGUGAUCGUUCAGUUGACCCAAGCCAAAGUGGCGCCAGCGGCACGGUGCCAUCGAAUACUAGCACUGAAGAAACCUGCACAAUUUGUCUCGAAGAGAACGACGGAGACCUCAAGAAGCACUGCGAGAACAAUUGCAAGCUCGUCAUCUGCGACCCUUGUAUCGAGACCUACUUCAAGAGCGAGAAGGAAAAAAAGUGUCCCGUCUGCACGGCUGAGAUGACGGCUGCCUACUUUGUAAAGAUAGACCAGACACAGCGGGCGCGACCAGCUAUCCGAAUACUCCACGUCCCGCUGGUCAUGCGACACGAUACUAAUGAGGCCACCAAUAAUCGCAAGGGCACUAAGCUCUUCGGACAUCCUCACCUUUUCAAGCUGCCUUCGCGGGUUGACGCCAAGGAUGUCUGGAACAUUGUCAGGAGGGUCGUACCUCAAGAUAGCGAAUUCACGCUUCAUUUUGUUGAUGGACAAGGUCAUCACUGUUCUCGAUGCAUGUUUGGUUCACACUGCACAGGUUGCAAGGUUCCAGAGAGUGGUAAGGUCAAUCUACAGAAUGGCGACAAUCUGGCUGUGCGGUACGUCGAGAACGUUCCUAAGGUUCAGCAACCCAUUGACCAUAUAAGCGUUAGUAGACAGAGACCGCAUCAUCCGCUGUCACUUUACGAUUGUAUACAAGCAUUUAGUCAGAGCGAAACCCUGGAUGAACACAAUCCUUGGUACUGUCCAAAAUGUGAAAGGAAUCAAUGUGCUACCAAGACGUUGACAGUUCAUCGAUAUCCUAAGUUCCUCAUAGUUUACCUUAAAAGAUUCGUAUUCUAUGAAUGCGUCAGUAUGAAAUUAGACGAUAAAGUGACCUUCCCCUUGUGUGGAUUAAAUUGCGGCAAGCAUCUUUAUGAUCUCUAUGCGUGCGUCUGUCACUUCGGCGGAGUAUCUGCUGGACAUUACACGGCCUAUGCAAAGAAUCCGCAAACGGAUAUUUGGCACUACUACAACGAUGAUGUGACAAGCAGGCAAAAGCCACAGGAGGAAGACUUUAGCAAUGCUUACAUCUUGUUUUACAGUCGGCAGGGUGCCAGCGUAAAACAGUGCAAUAUUUAAAGAAAGAGAGAGAAAGCAAUCUAAUGAAGACAUCAAACGACUGAACUAAGAAAAGUAUCAUUGUCAUGAAAGACUUUUGAAGAUCUCGGAAGGUAUCUCUAACUACGUAAAACAAACUACAAACAAAUAAGCAAACAAACAAACGUGAAAAUAUCUUUCAAAUUCGUUGGCUGUGUAUAAGAUAUAGCGAGAUUCAAAUAAUGGUUCGUUCCAAGAUACGUUUUUCAUUCUUGAAGUCUUCGUUUAUAAUCACUUGCGUUGGCACGAGGUGAAGUUGUUAAAGCUUUCCGAGAAGACUGGUCGAAUUGAACAAACUGCAAGUUGGGAUUUGGAAAAAAACGAACGCAAACGUGUUUUUAAAAUACGGUUUGCAAAUCGUAAAUACUGGGAUGGGUCAAUGAAAUCGUGAAAUAAGAAACGCUUUAACCAGAUAGGAAACAAGUAUUUGGCAAAAGUGUUGUAAAGAAUUGUAAUGUGUAUUAAACGUGAAUCAUGGGAGCACCUCGCGCACUGUUCCUCUAAUCGGUAUUGUUAAUUUGUUUAAUUUUUUUUAAUUAGCAAUUUUUAGACAAUUUUUAUUAAAAACAAGGAGAAAAGAAUGAAAAAGCCAGAGAAAAGUUCGGUUUAGCGCAAAACUGUAAAACUGUCUAAACGGAUUUGUACAAUAGGCGAAUACACACUCGUUGAUUCCGAACGAGCAUAAUUUAUUAGAAAAUAAAAGAUGAGCGUUAA